GUUGCUCUGAGCAGGAACCGGUUGGUUUGUGCUAUCCGCGCAAAGAAAUCCUAAAGAAAUGAGAGGACAACAACAAAACGGAGCAGUUUGAAAAUCUGCUUCACAAACUGGGGCUUUUGUUUUGCAUUCUUGCAGCUUUCAGGCUCGUCUUCUUCCGCUUCGUCCUGUUGCUCUGCAAGCUCUCAUUGUAGGAGGAGGACUGGUCUCCCUUUUGUGUUGCUCUGCGGUUGUUUAUUCAACUUCUGCCUCCCCAAGUCGGCAUACAGGAGGUGGUUCAUUUCAGCUUUUCACUGUGUCGUCCUAAACGGAAUGAAUGACAAAAACAAAGGAGGUUGAUGUCCAUAACUCUCCGACUCACCUCUCCUUCGCCUCGCCAAAGGAACGGAGACUUCAUCUCCGGCAGAAGAUGGAAAGCGGAGGCGGGACGGAGAGCUCGGACGGCGGCCAGGGGCAGCACUCGGCGCCCGGUCAGCCGCAGCAGCACCCCGGGGCUGAAACGGCGGCACAGCCCGCCCGCACGGGUGAGAAGAAGAAGAUAAACCGGGCACCGUCUCCGGCGAGACCGAAGGACGUGCCCGGUUGGUCGCUCACAAAGAUCCGCGGAGGGAUCGGGAGCACAACCCUGAGCGUCAAGCCCGGAGCUAUCCAUCUGGGCAGCCGCAUUUCCAGGCGCAGCCCUGUGGGCAGCCUCGCUGGAAAGGACGGUAAAGCCGAGAGGGGCGGCGGGAAAACGGUGGGAAAGUCUUCGCUGCUGUCCAAGACUUCGGCGUCCAAAGCGGCAAAAAGCAACAGCGGCCGGAGGAAGGUGUCGGACGCCAGCACAGGGUCCGACGACCUAUCCAAAGACUCUGGGUGCGCCGCGGGGAAGCUCUCCCCGACAGACAGCAGCUCCGAGCUUUCGGACUGCGCCUCCGAGGAAAACAAACUCUCGGCGGAUGCUGGGAGCAGCGACACCGAGUCGAGGAGCAGCCGCGGCGCAGAAGGAGAGAAGCCGCUCGGGAGCAGAGCUGGUCAGCGAGCAGCCGCCAGGAACACCUGCUCCACCGCGGAGAAAGAUGAAAAGGAUCGGCUCUUUCUGAGCGUGGAGACCGGGGAGGAUAGCAUUUCCCCGGGCGAGGAGCGCUCGGCCACCUCGUUUGACAGCAGGGUGCCUGCCAGCACAUCCCUGGCGUUCUCAGACCUCACGGAGGAAUUUACCGAUGGCUUGCAUGAGGAGUACCUCAGGGAAAUAGAAGAGCUGAGAUCUGAAAAUGAUUACCUCAAAGAUGAGAUGGAGGAGCUGAGGUCUGAGAUGCUGGAAAUGAGGGACAUGUACAUGGAGGAUGAUGUUUACCAGCUGCAGGAACUGCGCCAACAACUGGAGCAGGCAAACAAAACCUGCCGCAUCCUGCAGUACCGACUGAGAAAGGCAGAGCGGCGCUCUCUGCGCGUAGCCCAAACGGGCCAGGUGGAUGGAGAAUUGAUAAGGACGUUGGAGCAAGACGUAAAAGUGGCGAAGGAUGUCUCCAUCCGAAUCCACAGCCAGCUGGACAGUUUGGAGAAGAAGAGGAGUCGGCUGGAGCAGGAGAACGAAGAGCUCCGAGUCCGGCUGCAGGACCUGGAGGUCGCCAAACAAGUCCUGCAGCAGGAGCUGGACAAGAACUCCCAGAAGAAAAGAGGAGCACGGUCCAGCAACAAACCGGACAAGAAGCCUGCUCCACAGGAAGACAAUUCAGACCUGAAGUGUCAGCUCCACUUUGCCAAAGAGGAGUCGGCCCUGAUGUGCAAGAAGCUGACCAAGUUGGUGAAGGACAGCGAGGCCAUGAAGGAAGAGCUGGCCAAGUACAGGUCUCUAUACGGAGACGUCAACAGCUCGCUCACCGUGGAGGAGGUUGCCGACUCUCCACACACUCGCGAAGCUGAGGUCAGAGUUCACCUAAAGCUGGUAGAGGAGGAGGCCAACCUGCUGAGUCGACGCAUCGUGGAGCUGGAGGUGGAGAACAGGGGACUCCGAGCCGAGAUGGACGAAAUGAAGGGCUCACAAGACGGCCACCAAGAACUUUCUAGUGUUGGUCCAGGGACCGGGCUUGGGGGAGCCGUGGUGCUUGGCGGAGGGGCCUCGUCCGAAAACGUCAUGGAGCUCCAGAGGCACCUGCAGUUUGUGGAGGAGGAGGCCGAGCUGCUGAGGAGGUCUCUGAUCGAGAUGGAGGAGCAAAACAAACUGCUGAUGAAUGAGAUCAACCGCUACAAAUCCGAACUCCCGCCUGCGACGUCCGCGCUGUCCGCCGAGUCGCUGAUGUCUCUGACAGACGGGCUGCUGAACGACAGCCACUCGGUCCAGGACGGGGCCGUGCUCAUCAGCACCGACACGCCGGCCCCUGAGGAGGAACUGAGGCUGGCGAGGCUCCAGGUGGGAGAGCUGAGCGGGAAAGUGAAGAAACUGCAGUACGAGAACCGUGUGCUGCUGUCCAACCUGCAGCGCUGCGAUCUCGCCUCGUAUCACGCUCCUUCUUCCUCGUCCUCCUCCUCCUCGCUGAGGCUGGCUUUGGAGACAGAUGCAGAAGCAGGAGACUCAGCUGAGUGCCUCCCUCUCAGCCCGCCUCAUCGCAAAGAGCCAGUAGGUGGUGAGAAUGACGCCAUGGAGAUGGAGGAACAGAAAAAGAAGAUCGAGGACAACGCUGAGGCAACGACUCCGCUCUCUGGGUGCCUGGGGCAGAAGGACCGUGAUGCCUUGUUGGCCAUGAGGGACCAGGCUCGUUUGGUUUCCACUGCCAUACAUCUGCUGACCUCCCCCGAGUCCAACUGCCUGUCCUCCUCCUCUUCUCCCUCGCUGUAUCACAAGGUCUGCAGCAAUGAGGCAGCAGAGCCGUGUGACCUGGAGAAACCUCAGUCUCACUGCCAGAUCUCGGAGCUUUCUGACUUGGCGGACCGUCCUCUGGUUGGUGCUCUGACCAGCAGGCUUCAGGCCCUGCACACCCAGCUGCAGGCCUUUGUAGAGCAGGUGGAUGGCCUGGGUAAAGCUCCAUAUGGGGCGAGAGACGCUCAGGUGGAAGGGGCGUCCCCUCCAGCGUCACCCUGCGCUUCCAUCCCUUGCUCCGGAGACGGCCAGGAUCAAGAAAACAAAGUCGAGCACAAGCAGCCUGAUUAUAGGGACCAAUCAGAUCCAGACAAGAAAGAUGACACUUACCAGAGCAGCCAAUCCAUCAGCAACGACAUGCAAAAUCGGGCAGCUGGACAAUUGGAGCAGGAGAAGGAGACGGAUCGUUCCACGUCUGUUCAGCUCAGUGACCUGCAGGCGCAGCUGUCCACAGAAAAGGAGUCAACCAGAGGAACUCUGGAGGAGCUGGAGAGAGAAAGGCAGAACCACAAAGGAAUCAGCCUGAGACUCUCACAGCUCCAGGAGGAGCACCAGAAGGCCCUUCUCCGACGGGACUUCCAGCUUCAGAGCCUGGGCCUGCAGGCUCGACUUCAGCAGAAGCUGUGGGGUCAGGAGAGGACUCUGCUCGUUCAAGAGUCCCAGCACCUGAAACAGGCUCUGUUGCUGCUGAGUCUGAAACUACGCUGCUUUCUCAAACAGUGGAGGCUGGGCUGCCAGAAGGAUGCAGAUGGGAAAGAUGUGUUGGAGAUAAACAGCCUGAAGGAUUUGUACCUGCUGCUGGAGGAGGAGAGCCAGGCAGAUAAGAGUGCCUCUGCAGAUGAACAGCCUCUCAGCCCGACUAUAAAGUCAAGUGCUGUGAGUAGCACUUUGGCAGACCUAAAGGUUGCUCUGCAGGACCUGAGUGCAGAGUUGAGACAAGAGAGACAAGGCUCCCAGGAACUUACUCAGCAGUUCGCAAAGGCCAAAGCAUCAUGGGAGGUGGAGAGAACCGAACUAAAGAGCCUCAUCACGCAGUUUGAGACCAAACUCGGGAAAACCACAGCAGCACUGUCCUCCGCUGAAACACUGGACCCUCUUGACCUGAAGGUGGCUCUUAAAAAGGAGCGUGAGGAGCACCAGCACCUCCUCGCCGAGUCGUACGCAGCCGUGAUGGACUUAACCAAACAGCUUCAGAUCGGAGAGAGGAACUGGAGCAGGGAGAAGCUGGAGCUGCUGGAGAGGUUCAGCCAGGAGAGAACGCAGUGGGAACAGAGGCUGAGAGACGCUGCCACACAACAGGAGAAGGUGCGAAGGUCGAAGCCUCCGGGAGACGAACCCAGCGUGGACACGGGUGUUGUAAAUGGAUCGCCAUCGCCGAGGAUCAAAUCUACACUGGAGGACUCAGAGGGUAACAGAUCUUCCUGUGUGAAGGACAAAGCACAUUUUGGUUCAAUGCCGCUUUUUACUGGAUCCGAGUUUGGAGAUAUAACCGUGAAGAACUGGACCAGCAUAACCAACGAGACCCCAGAGGUGGCUGAUGCCUGUAAAACCUGGGAUGGUCCAAGCGGUUCUUCUAGCAGCUCCGCGGCCUCUCAGAUGGACUUGGACUUUGUGCAGAGGAGCUGCACUGCUCCGGACCGGACCGGCAUCCGUAUCUACUACAGCCCUCCUGCUGUGAGGCGUAUGGAGCACCGGAGAAGAUACCAAGAGCCUCUAGAUCCCGAUCAAUACAGCGUUGGGGGCUCCUCUCUGAAACAGAAUGACACGGAUGGUGGCGUGGCUUCACUAAACGCGCUCGAUGCUCAGCAACAACAACCCGCCUCAUCAUUUACCUCUUCCUAUGAGCAGUGGCUCAGCUCGCUGUCCAAGCAGCACCGGGAGCUGCUGGAGAGCAGAGGCAGCAACAUUUCCACGUCGAUGCCGAGCGUUUUCAGCAGCAGUGGGGAGGCUAACAGGGUGGUGGACGGGAUGAUGUCCGGUUCUCCCUACCAUGACCUGGAGAUCGGAGACAUCUCUGCCAACUUAAGUGAUGACAUGAAGGAAAUGACUAACUGUGUCCGGCAAGCUAUUCGCUCUUCUUCUCUGGAGAGGAAAUCCAGCAAGGAGCCUGGGAGUCAGCCCGGUGGAGUAUCCAACAAGACCACCCAGACUGUAGCUCAGGGUGUCAGCAUCGGGCUGCAGACAGAGACCAGCAGGGCAACGGGGUUGCACUCCAAAUCCUGGUCACCUCGGCCAACGCCAACAACCACUUCCUCACUGGCAUCCGCCCGAACUCGGCAGAUUUCUACAUCUCUGGAUAAAGUGCACAGCCGCAUCGAGAGGCCAUGCUGUUCGCCCAAGUAUGGAUCGCCUAAGCUACAGCGGAGAGUGUCUUCUGGUUCCACUUCCAGACUGGACGGCGCUUCCUCCAGCAGAGACCGCAGCAUGUGGAGCCUACAUCAGCGGGCCAUCGGUGGGAGUGGCGGCUCUGCUUGGGCUCGCUCCACUACGACGAGGGACAGCCCCGUCCUGAACGGCCUCACCGACGGCCUCUCCAGCCUUUUCAGCGUAGUGGAGCACUCCGGAAGCACAGAGUCGCUUUGGAGGAGUGAAAUAGGGUCAAGCCAGACGGCCAGCCCGGCUCGGCAGCCUCACGCUGCCGGAAAACCCUCCGGUGCUGCUGUUUGCGGCUCCGACUCCAACUCUCAGCGGUAUGGAGGGCUGGUGCAGGAGUUCUUCAGGAAUGUGUGCAGCAGCCGCGGCCCAGGUGGAGCCCCCCUGUCCAUGGAGAGAGUGCAGAGAGACCCCCUCGCUGUCCUCGGAGGCGUGGGUGUCUUGGGUGGCUUGAACAGCGUGGACGACCCCACACUCGGAGGGGCUGCUGCGCUGGCUGGACUGAGUGGAGGCAACGACAGCGUGACCAGGAUUGUUAAUAAGCGGUUUAUGAGGCAGACAGCUGGGGAGGAGAUGAUCAGCAUCAUGGGAGGAGGGAAGGAAGCAACGAGCAACAGCGUGGCUGCAGGACCGGGAACCGAGGAUGCACCUUGCGAUUGUGCUACCCAGUCCUCCUGCUUUGUCCGAUCGUCUAGAGCAGCUGCUCGCCACUGCAAGCACCGCCCACAGGACUCUCCAGCUGGAGCCGAGGAGAAAGGAGACGCCUGUAACGAGUGACGGGGCUCCCUCUGCCCCAGCGAAGAGUCACACAGAGGAAAUUCACUUCUUCACAAACACGACUGCCUUGGAAACGCUUUCCCGUACCUCCGAGAGCACCAAAUGCACACAAACACCUAGAACCUGCCACGCACACAGGCCCACUGCCAAACAUAACAUCGCGUCAGCACACAGCGCAAACUGCCCCCCAGAAAGCUACUGCCAGCUUCUCUCAAUCAGAACCCCGGAGACGCCACUCCGGUUUCUAGACGUGCAACCGAUGCCAAGGACUCCGCCAGCAUCCCAAACCUACCAGCAGGACUGAAACCAGAACUGCCGUCUAACACUACAGAUGCCAAUCAACAGGUUAAAUAAUGAUGAUGUCAGGACUCAAAACACAACCUCCAACUAACAGAAUAACAGGUACUACAAUCAGUCUGCUAAUAUUAAACGUUCACAACUACAUGCUAUAAUGUUACCACCAUCAUGCUGUUUAAUGAGCAGUUAUUUUAAAUAUUAUGUGUAACUUUGGGGGGUGUGAAACAAAAUUUUUUUUUACUAUUAUUAUUGUUAUUUUUUUUUUUUUCAUAUACAUUCUGGCUGGUCUGAGACAGCCAGUCUGCAAAUCGAGACACAGUGAAACGUUUCGAUGAUUUCACAGUGUUGGACCUGUACUUAAAACGUCACGCAGUGUCGGAUUGCUUUGCACAAUUGACCUCACAGAUUAAAAAAAAAACGGCACAUCUUAAUGACACAUAGCAGAGUGGCAUACAUUGUAUCUUAUUAGUAUAGGAAGACGUUGGAAAGUACUGGGCUGUGUGUCUCAGGAUGACUAGAUUUGAACUAAAUUGAAGAAUGCAGGUACCUAAUGGCUCGAAAAAUGAAACCAUAAAAAUGGUCUCUAAAAUAGAGACUGUGUUUAACCAGUGUUCCUGGAGAGCAAAUAUAUCUUAUGGCUUGGUUUUCUAGUGCCGUCUGCCCUCUGUUCUAUUGAACAAUGGGAACAAAUACAGACAAAACAGGUGAUAUGAAAGCCAUGACUUUGACCUUCGAUGAUAGAAAUUAUGUCUUUAUUUUUAAGCAGACGGCCAGAGAUUGAGUUGUAUUGAUGUCAUCCUUUAACAGUAGAGCACCAAUCUGGUAAACGUACAUAUCUACUGUGCGCCAUCUUGAAAUGGCUUCUGUUGUGACACUUUGGGAAUCAUUCCUCCUUGUUGUUAAGUUAAACUGGGAUCCUUUUUGUUAAGCUUAUGGGACGUUGGAUAGAAAUGUAAUUUUUUUAAUGUUUAUUUAUUAUGUUGUUUUUUCAGAUUUACCCAAGCCAAUGUUGGGAGCAAGAAAUUAAAGGCAUUCCAGUUUUACUAAUCAAUCAAAACGUCUUUUGGGAUCAUAGUCACACGGUUGGGGAAAAUAAACAAAUACCGUGCGUUGCGAAAGUAUUCAUACUCUUUGACCAUUCCACUUUAAAUAUAUUUACAUUCAUCUAAUCUAUUGUAGCUCUGGUUCAUGUUCAUGAUUGUUGUUCUGUUGGAGGGUAAACCUCAACCGCAGUCUCAAGUCUUUUGCACCUCCAGGAUUUUCUAGAAAUUUUCUCCAUCAGUGUUUUCAUGAACCUUUGUACUGGCUUUAGUAACAGUUAUAGUUUGGUUAAAAAAUAAAAAUAUAAAAAAAACCGCGAUUGAUAUGAAUACUUUUGCAAGGCAGUGAACUCCAUAGUUUAGAUACUUGGACCAGACACACUAACUGUCUAAGUCGAGAUAUUAAGGUAAACAUAUUGUCAUAACCAUACACUAACAGCUAUCUUUCUUACUAAUAAGGCUCAUUGAAUUGGUUCAUAGCAUUACAACAAACUUGAAAUCUCUUUCAGGAUUUUUAAAAUGUUUUGUUUUUUUUUUAUCAGAAAAAUAUGACUUUUAAUAUUUAAAUAUCUAAAGCAUUGAAACUUUUAACUUAUUUGAAAUGGAUCCAUAAAUUGAUUUUCUAUAUAAAUAAAUGAAGCUGAAAUACAAAGUUAACUAUAAGAUGGACUACAGAGUUAAUUUUCCUGUAACAGCUGGACAUAAUGGGCAGCAUAAAUCAACACUAACAGAACUGCAAAGUCACAAAGCCUGGUUGUGCAACCCUGCAAAUAGAAGAAAUCUGAUGUUGGACAAAACAUAAAAAUAUACUCUGAAGGAUUUUUAUACAUGUAUCUUGAGUCCAUUACCUUGCCAUGUCCUUCUUUUUAUAUUGGAUUUGCUAUUCAAAUGGCCUGUUGGAUUAUCUGUCUUAUAUUUUGUCACACUAAAACCAGACUCUCUAAAACACACAAACUUCCUUUAUUUAGGAAGUUUGUUUUCGUCAUUAAUGUACUGUAUCCUGGUAAAGCGACAAGAGGCUAACAACUGUAGCUGGAUGUGGCAAAGAUUGCACCUCUGGCAUUUUUAAAAUACAAUGUAAUUUUUCUGGAAUAUCUACUACUUUACUUUUUAAUUGAUGUUCUGCUGAUCUGUUGUCAAGUCUCUGUUUUGAUACGAUGGUGCUAGUUGGUGUGCAGCCUUCUGUGGACUUUAACAGAGAACCUACCCACCUUGUGCAUGCACACAGUUUAAUGACUCAGCAGUUUAAAAGUAGGGCAUUACAGAAAGUACAUAUACUGAAAUAACAUGCUGAGGAAAACCCACAGUCUCUGUGCUACUGUCUGUCAUUUUGGGUACAAAACCAACUGCAUAAAACCAGCUGCUGCCUUUCCAGCCACUGACAGGAAUACAGCUCACCUAGACUGUCUGAGUUCUGGCCACGAUUUUAUGGCUGUACUUGAUGUCUGACUGGUUUACCAGCUAAGCAAUGUUUCAACGGUUUCCAAAAAGGUCAUUUACUAUUCCUUUUUCAUAUUUCACUUUUUUAAAAGCAUUUGCAUUUUCCUGCACAACAAUUAUCUGAUGCUAUAAUUUAAUCUCGAUUUAAACUCAACAAGAAAACACAGUAAAUAUGACUUGAAUACUUUAUGUUUUCAUUUUCAAUUGAGCUAUUGAACCAUUUUAGGAAAAACGCCUUGGUUUUGUUGCAAAACCCCAAGCUUAACUUUCAACAAGCUAGCACAUUUAGCUGAGAUGUUCAUCUAGCAAAGCAGUCAUUCUCACUACCACCACAUUUCCUCCUGAUUGUUAUUUAAAGCAAAUCCCUGUUAAAAUAUAUUAAAAUAUUAUAUUCUACUACAGAAAGCUGACCAAAACAUUUAAACAAUAGGGCAGACUAUUCCUUCAGUGCUGAUUUACAUUAAGAUAUUUAGUAUUUUUCUAGAACCCAAAAUAAACUCAAAGGGCUUUCUGUAAUUUGAAAAUGUUUGCUGUAAUGGAAAUGUUUUAUAACAAUAUGAUUCAAAGUAUUGCAGCUGUUUGUCCCACUGUUAAAGGGUUAUCCAGAAAUUAUCAUUUUUGACUUUGCAAACAGUUAACUUUAGCUUAUAGCUAGAUGCUCAUGGAAAAACAGGUCAGUUACUUGUCAGUAUAGUAUUCUGGUCCUCUUAUCAGACCAUAUUUGAAAUAUUGGAGGCACAAGUUAAUUUUACAUAAGUCAAUGACAACUAAGCUUCAAUAAACCAAUAAUCUGAGUACUAAUAUUAAACAUUCAAACAUAUACAAACAGUUAGCAUGCUAACAAGACAGCCAUAGCUCAUAGGAUAUUAUUAAACCACCAAAAAGGUUUACUCGUAGUUUUUCUUUCAAAACUUUUCUGCCUGCAGUUAAAACCCUAAAAAAAAUAGCAGACAUUAAACAGACUGCAUCACAAAGUUUAGUGGUCAUCUUUAUGUACUAUCUACUGUCUAAAAAGAUUGUUUCUAACAGUUUCAUUCUCCAGACUACAAAAACCCAAACUGAUUGGCGUACAGAAGAUUUCCAAACCAUGUUCAAAUAAGAACCUGUCUUUUUCAAUCUUUCCUUUGCAUUUCUAUCUGAAACUCAAAGCUAUUAAAAUCGUGUGCUAUCAACAAAACAGGGUUGUGCUUAAAACAUUAACAUGAUUGGCUUUAUACACUGCGAACCAAUAAAAAGCUCACUGUGGCAGGGAUUUAUGGGAUAUUCGUCGUGCUGUUCCAAAUAAAAGGCAACUUUAUAACAUGAUUCCUAUAUUGUAAUUUUAAACUAUAUUUCUGAUUGUCUGCACAAAAGUAAUAGUGGACAGUUUACAGAAUUUCGUUCUACCUCUUAGACUUUAGACUAAAAUAAACACAAACACUAAAUUCAUGUAAAUCUGCCAGAAAAUCUCAGUUGAAACUCAUGCAAUCUCUACAUUUUAUUUUCAAGGUCAUUCUGUCAACAAGAGGGUCACUUUAGUGCCUUUCCUCUACAAAAGUGUCUUGUUUUUACUAGAACUUUUUCUUUUUUCUGCAUGGAUUCCAUUACAAAAAAAUCACCACAUCUUAGUUCAAAUAUUCAGAUUAGAUAUCUUGUCGAAUUAAAUCUAAAAGUUGUACUAUUUUGCACAAUUGAUAAGGGAUUUAUGAAAUGAGAGCUAAAGUGAACCCUUAGAUAUUAAUAUUUUGAUUCGUCAGAUUUCCAAACAAGUCAAAAUUAAAAAAAAUAAAAACAUUUUCAAUGAAUGUCUGUAGCCUACACUGUUUUCUUUUUUGUUUUGUUUUUUAUGUGAAUAGGUCUAAAUUUAAGAUGUAAUCUUCGAUGUAAUAUGAAGAAUCACAUGAUGAGAAAAGUUAUUUCAUUAUUAUUGUUAUUUCAUUUUUGGUGUCUUCAAAAGAAGUACGCAAACAUGCUGGACACAUACUUGUUUGAUUUGUGGCAGAAUGAUAGGGUUAUAUGCAUAUAAUGAUUCUGAUUAUUUUUAAAUUGCAUUGCUGCAUAGAAUGUGGCUUGGUAGAGGUGGAUAUCCGUCUCUCCCUAAUCCCUAAAUUGUAUUUCACCCAUUAACUAAAACAUUUUGCAGAAAAACACCACCAGCCAAUGACUUUUUUAAAGGCUCUGGGGUAUCAACCAUUACCUGCACCCAUUUUUAGGUAAGCCUAGUAAAGCAACAUAAAUAUUUCCAUCCUUUUUGAAAUUUUUCCAUACCACUAAUUACAUUAUUACAUGCUGGGAUUAUGUAAAUGACUCUUAGCUGAUCAUAAUGGUAGCUAAGGUACUGCUGUAUAUUAGCUUUAUUAACAUACUUUUAUCUCUUUUUAACAGUGCUUGAUUAAUAAAAGGAGAACAUUUUAAAGAAUUCCCACCCACAUUGUAAAGCAACAGGAAAGUGACACGGUUUGUUCCCUGCCCUUCAGUUUCUAUGAGAAUAGCUGAAUGUCAGCAGCUGAUCUGACCCAGGUCGCUGUGGAAAUAUGUAGCUCUCUCCCUCUUCAGAUGGCACUUGACCAUUUUCAUGUAUAUAGUUGCAUUUUGAAGAUGACUGACGAAAAAAAAAUGAAAUGAAAUAAAAUAAAACAAUAACAAACAUUGAAAGAUGGGAGAAAAAUACAUACAAAUGGAUUUUUGAAGGUAUUUUUCUUUUUCCAACCAUGGUAGCUUGUAAAAUAAGAUGAAACUGCCUCCUGUUUGUCAUAGAAUUCACAAAUAAACGUGUCAUGGAUUUUGA